AUGCAGGCGCAGCUGGCGGCGAGAGCUUCGGAGGAGUCCGGAUCGAAAAAAGGACGUGCAGGACGAUACCAUACACAGGUGUACCAGCGACUGGCGCUUCACACGGCCAAGGCGGUGGUGGGGCUCGACUUGCAGGGGCGGAGGAUUCAGGGUGCCCUGACGAUGGUGGCGUUGGUGCCGACAGAUCACCCAAAUUUGCUGGCCAUGCAGGAAAGAGGACGACAGUUCAACGAGGCGAAGGAGGCGGCGAAGGCGGCGGGAAACCAGAAGGCGCUGCAGGACUUGAAAUGGGCACACUUACAGAUCUGGAUCGCCCUCUGCCUGGCCGUGACAGGCGACCCAAGGAUUCCCGACGACAAAGAGGCGAAGCUCAAGGCCCACAGAUCGAACGUGCAGUCCGUGGCGCAGUUGGAGGCAGGCGUGGUGGUCCGCCAGCAGAAGAAAGCUUUCAAACAGAACGGGUGGAAGACAGACAUGUAUCGGAUCGAGCUGUUCACCCUCCCCGAAGUGCGCCCGAUCUGCUUCGAGCUGAUGGAGGCCAUCCUGACAAAGCCGCGCACGAUCAGCAAACCAGGAACGCCCCCGCGGGGCCUAACAUCAGGAAUGCCGUGCAGGAUCUGA